AGACCCCGUCACCCGCUGAUCAACCAGGGAGCCACAUGUUAUCUGAGCAGCAUCCUGCAGGUUCUCUUCAUGACCCCUGAGAUCCACCACAGGUUGAAUCCAUCAAACACCUUAGAUCAGCAGCUGGAAGUCAUCUUCAAUAACCUGAAAGAAAGAUCAUGUGGAACACAAAGCAUUACAAAGAGUCUGGGCAUAAAGAACGUUUAUCAACAGCGAGACGCUGCUGAAUGUCUGGAGAGGAUUUUGAAUAAAGUCAGUCCUGAGGCCUCGCAGGUUUUCAAAGGCCAGCUGAAAGACACUACAACAUGCUCCAAAGGUCACGUGAUCAUGGAAGAGACCAGUCCUUUCUUCACCCUGCCGCUGUCGCUCCAAGGCGGACAUGAAGCACCCUGCAGCCUGGAGACCAGUUUCAGUGAGUUUUUCCUCAGGACAGAACACACUGGAGACGACAUGGUGUACUGCACAGAAUGCAGCCAGAAGACAGAGGGGAGCAGUGGAUACGAGAUGGUGGACUUUCCUCACAUCAUGACUCUUCUCCUCAAGAGGUUUUACUUUGACUUCAACACCAUGUCAGACAUGAAGUCAAACUGCUGUGUGGAAGUGCCGUUUAAAAUCCAAGCCAUGAAUAAGAGCUACACCCUGUACGGGAUGGUGAAUCACAUGGGCAGUCUCGGAGGUGGACACUACACCGCCACCAUCUGGAGCAGGGAGGACAACACCUGGUACCACUGUGACGACACUCAGGUGACUGAGGUGGAGCAACAGGAAUUUGGAAGCAGUGAGACGUACAGGUCCCGUUCUGCAUAUCUGCUCAUGUACAGAGCUUCAGAGAGGCGGAUCGAGGAGUUCAUCAAAGAGGAGGACAAACCCAAACCCCACAAACAAAGAUUUAGGAGGAGACCCGUCUUCAUCGGUCUUAUUGUGUUUGGCUGUAUUUUACUUGUGGUGCUUACUGUCCUAUUUCUACUGAUCAGAGUCAUGUGA